UGAAACUCAACAAGGAAAGUAACAGUUUACUCGUCACUUCAAGCUGCUGCUUUUAAACCUCGCAAACUUCACAGAUAUGGCAUCGGCCAGCUCUCUGCUGUCAGAGGAGAGGUUACUGUGUUCCAUCUGUCUGGACGUGUUCACAGACCCAGUCACGAUCCCGUGCGGACACAACUUCUGCAGUAAAUGUAUCAACCCGUACUGGGACAGCGGGGACACUUGCCAGUGUCCGAUGUGCAAACAGAAAUUCUCCACAAGACCUGAACUCCGAGUCAACACUGUCAUGUCAGAGUUAGCUAAUGAGUUUAAGAAGUUGGUUCAAGUCAAAGCCUCGACUCCAGGCCCACAGCUUCUGGAGGUUGACGUUCCUUGUUACAUCUGCUCUGAGAUCAAAGAAAAGGCCGUUAAAUCUUGCCUGACAUGUCUGAUUUCUUUCUGUGAGUCACACCUGGAGCCGCAUCGGAGAGUUGCUGGGCUCAAAGGUCACACGUUAUUAGAGCCAGUGAAGAAUCUCGACGACAGGAUGUGCAAGACACACAACAAGAUGACAGAGCUGUACUGCUUGAAGGAGCAGGCCUUCAUUUGCGUCCUGUGUUUGAAAGCCGAUCACAAGAGUCACAACGCCGUCCCCCUGGAGGAGCAAUAUGAAAAAUUGAUGGCAACAAAUGACGAGGCACAAGCAAACAUCCAGAAGUUGAUACAAACACGGAUUGAGAAGAUAGCUGAGGUCGAAGAAUUACUCGAUGUCAGCCAGGUAGAUUCUGAAAAAGAGGAACAAGCCGCCGUGCAGGUGUUCACCGAGUUGAUCCAGUUCAUUCAGGCGAGCCAGGCCGAGCUCGUUGAGGCGAUCGAAGAGAGGCACAGUGCAAUAAAGCAAAAGGGUGAAGAGUUUCUCAAAGAACUGAGGAGCGAAGUUACUGAGCUCAAGAGCCGAAGCAGUCAGCUGGAACAUCUGUCACAGUCAGAGGAUCACUAUCAUUUCCUCCAGAGCUUCCCGACCUUGUCCAAACCUCCACACAAGAGCUGCCCCGACACAGAUCUCGGGCCUGACCUGUCUUUCCAGGCAACGCGAGGAGACCUGACUCGGCUGAAACAAUCGAGGAAAUAAUGGAAGAGAUUCCUGAGAUCAGAAUGAAAAGAAUGAGAGAGCACGCGGUCGACUUGACCCUUGACCCC